GGCCGCCACAAAGCUCGGGCGCCGCGGGGCUGCAUGCGGCUACCUGGCCCGGCGCGGCGACUCCUCUGCGGGCUGCCGGGGGCCGGCCGCGAGCCCCGGGGGCGCGGAGGCCGCAGCGCUGCUGCGCGCUCUGAGCGUUCGCAACUUGCAAGCAAAGUUUGGUGGAGGAAACGCGGAGCCUGAGUCCUUUCUUCCCCUCGCUCCCCACAUCCGAGGGCAGCCCGCGGGCGUCAUGCCCGCGCUCCUCCGCAGCCCGGGGCGCGCGUGAAGCCUCGGAGCCUUGGCACCGGCGGGGACCCAAGGACCACUUUUACUGGAGUUGCCCCCGGAGCUCGUCGCCUGCUCCAUCCCGACCCACGCCGGGCGCGGGACAGACAGAUCGCGGAGGAGCGUUGCCAUUCAAGCAGCAGCAGGAGCAGUAGCAGCAGCAUCUCGGUCCCUGAGCCCACCGCAGGCUGAAGGCAUUGCUGGCAGUCCAUGCUCGUAGAGGAAGUGUGCAGAUGGGAUUGACGUCCAUAUGGAGAUAUGGAAGAGGACCGGGGAUUGGCAUUGUAACCAUGGUCAGCUGGGGCCACUUCAUCUUCCUGGUCGUGGUCACCAUGGCAACUUUGUCCCUGGCCCGGCCCUCAUUCAAUUUAGUUGAGGAUACCACAUUAGAGCCAGAAGAGCCACCAACCAAAUACCAAAUCUCUCAACCAGAAGUUUACGUGGCCGCGCCAGGGGAGUCGCUAGAGUUGCGCUGCCUGUUGAAAGAUGCCGCCAUGAUCAGUUGGACUAAGGAUGGGGUACACGUGGGGCCCAACAAUAGGACAGUGCUUAUUGGGGAAUACUUGCAGAUAAAAGGCGCCACGCCUAGAGACUCCGGCCUCUAUGCUUGUACUGCCGCUAGGACUGUAGACAGUGACACUUGGUACUUCAUGGUGAAUGUCACAGAUGCCAUCUCAUCCGGAGAUGACGAGGACGACACGGAUGGCCCUGAGGAUUUUGUCAGUGAGAACAAUAACAACAAGAGAGCACCGUACUGGACCAACACAGAAAAGAUGGAAAAACGGCUACAUGCCGUUCCUGCGGCCAAUACUGUCAAGUUUCGCUGCCCAGCUGGGGGGAAUCCAACACCAACCAUGAGGUGGCUGAAAAACGGAAAGGAAUUUAAGCAGGAGCAUCGCAUUGGAGGCUACAAGGUACGAAACCAGCAUUGGAGCCUCAUCAUGGAAAGCGUGGUCCCGUCUGACAAAGGCAAUUACACCUGCGUGGUGGAGAAUGGCUACGGGUCCAUCAAUCACACCUACCACCUCGAUGUCGUGGAGCGAUCACCACACCGGCCCAUCCUCCAAGCUGGACUGCCGGCAAAUGCCUCCACGGUGGUCGGAGGUGACGUGGAGUUCGUCUGCAAAGUUUACAGCGAUGCCCAGCCCCAUAUCCAGUGGAUCAAGCAUGUCGAAAAGAAUGGCAGUAAAUACGGGCCCGACGGGCUGCCCUACCUCAAGGUUCUCAAGGCCGCCGGUGUUAACACCACGGACAAAGAGAUUGAGGUUCUCUAUAUUCGGAAUGUAACUUUUGAGGAUGCGGGGGAGUAUACGUGCUUGGCGGCUCCCAUAAGAGAAAAGGAGAUCACAGCCUCCCCAGACUACCUGGAGAUAGCCAUUUACUGCAUAGGGGUCUUCUUAAUCGCCUGCAUGGUGGUCACAGUCAUCCUGUGCCGCAUGAAGACCACGGCGAAGAAGCCGGACUUCAGCAGCCAGCCAGCUGUGCACAAGCUGACCAAGCGCAUCCCCCUGCGGAGACAGGUUUCUGCCGAGUCCAGCUCCUCCAUGAACUCCAACACCCCGCUGGUGAGGAUAACAACACGCCUCUCCUCAACAGCGGACACCCCCAUGCUGGCGGGGGUCUCUGAGUACGAACUGCCGGAGGACCCAAAAUGGGAGUUUCCAAGAGAUAAGCUGACGCUGGGCAAACCCCUGGGGGAAGGCUGCUUCGGGCAAGUGGUCAUGGCAGAAGCCGUGGGGAUCGACAAAGAUAAGGCCAAGGAGGCGGUCACCGUGGCAGUGAAGAUGUUGAAAGAUGAUGCCACCGAGAAAGACCUUUCUGAUCUGGUGUCAGAGAUGGAGAUGAUGAAGAUGAUUGGAAAACACAAAAAUAUCAUAAAUCUUCUUGGAGCCUGUACUCAGGAUGGCCCUCUCUACGUCAUAGUCGAGUACGCCUCGAAAGGUAACCUCCGAGAAUACCUCCGUGCCCGGAGGCCCCCCGGGAUGGAGUACUCCUAUGACAUUAACCGUGUUCCCGAGGAGCAGAUGACCUUCAAGGACUUGGUGUCAUGCACCUACCAGCUGGCUAGAGGCAUGGAGUACUUGGCUUCCCAAAAGUGUAUUCAUCGAGAUUUAGCAGCCAGAAAUGUUUUGGUAACAGAAAACAACGUGAUGAAAAUAGCCGACUUCGGGCUGGCCAGAGACAUCAACAACAUAGACUAUUACAAAAAGACCACGAAUGGGCGACUUCCAGUCAAGUGGAUGGCUCCAGAAGCCCUUUUUGAUAGGGUGUACACGCAUCAGAGUGAUGUCUGGUCCUUUGGGGUGUUAAUGUGGGAGAUCUUCACUUUAGGGGGCUCACCCUACCCAGGGAUUCCUGUGGAGGAACUUUUUAAGCUGCUGAAGGAAGGACACAGGAUGGAUAAGCCGGCUAACUGCACCAAUGAACUGUAUAUGAUGAUGAGGGACUGCUGGCAUGCAGUGCCCUCCCAGAGACCGACGUUCAAGCAGUUGGUGGAGGACUUAGAUCGGAUUCUCACUCUCACAACCAAUGAGGAAUACUUGGACCUCAGUCAGCCUCUCGAACAGUAUUCUCCUAGUUCCCCUGACACAAGGAGUUCUUGUUCUUCAGGAGAUGACUCUGUUUUCUCUCCAGACCCUAUGCCUUACGAACCAUGCCUUCCUCAGUACCCACACAGAAACGGCAGUGUUAAAACAUGAGUGAGCGUGUCUGCCUGUCCCCAGACGGGACAGCGCCAGGAACUGACCCACACUGAGCAGGGAGGCCGCGCCUCCAAGAGCUUCUUGUCUCUGCUUGUAUAUAUGGAUCAGAGGAGUAAAUAAUUGGAAAAGUAAUCGGCACAUGUGUAAAGAUGUAUACAGUUGAAAACUUGUAAUCUUCACCAGGAGAAGAAUGCUUCUGGAAGGAUGGACUGCCACAGGCCACCACGCGGCCACUCUGACCCGCCGCGGACCCUGGCUGUGGACCAGUCGGACUCAAGGCAGAUGCCCGUUCUGCCUUCCUUGUUAAUUUUGUAAUAAUUGGAGAAAAUAUAUGUCAGCACACAUUUACAGAGCACAAAUGCAGUAUAUAGGUGCUGGAUGUAUGUAAAUAUAUUCAAAUUAUGUAUAAAUAUAUAUUAUAUAUUUACAAGGAAUUAUUUUUUGUAUUGAUUUUAAAUGGAUGUCCCAAUGCACCUAGAAAAUUGGUCUCUUUCUCUUUUUUUUAAUAGCUAUUUGCUAAAUGCUGUUCUUACACAGAAUUUCUUAAUUUUCACCGAGCAGAGGUGGAAAAAUACUUUUGCUUUCAGGGAAAAUGGUAUAACAUUAAUUUAUUAAUGAAUUGGUAAUAUACAAAACAAUUAAUCAUUUAUAGUUUUUUUUUGUAAUUUAAGUGGCAUUUCUAUGCAGGCAGUGCAGCAGACUAGUUAAUCUAUUGCUUGGACUUAACUAGUUAUCAGAUCCUUUGAAAAGAGAAAUAUUUACAAUAUAUGACUAAUUUGGGAAAAAUGAAGUUUUGAUUUAUUUGUGUUUAAACUCUGCUGUCAGAUGAUUGUUCUUAACCCUGCCUCCCCCCUCCCCAAAUGCCCAUAGUAAAAGGACCCAUUAAUAGGAAGGUGUUUUGUUUUGUAUGCAGCUCUGUCAUUGGGCCAAUGCGACAUUUAACUGGACUUCCCAAGACAAAUGGUACCAGUGACCUCUUUAAAAAAUGCCUUAAUCCAUUCCUAGAGGACAGGCUGGAGCUGAGAUGAUAGUGAGCGUGUCUCCCCGGCAGCUGGCCCUCUCCCCCUGGGUUGCACACUGAUCAGAUUAGCCUGUAUUCUCUUCAGUGAAUUUGGAUAAUGGCUUCCAGAUUCCUUGGCGUUAGAGAAGGCGUUUAGGAUCUUCAAGUCCCAUCAUAGAGAACUGAACACAAAGUUGUUCUGCUGAUAGUGUUGGGGGGAUGCUUCCAUUUUUUUAAGGGAUUGCUUCCAUCUGAUUUUGGUAGGACCUCACCCAAAGAUCCCUCCUAAUACCUGCGCCAGACAGAACAUCGCCGUGUUGUCCAUUCUGUAUUAAAGUAUUGUGUUUUGCUGUCAAAACACCCACUCACUUUGCUAUAGCCAUGCAACAUGAAUGCAGAUGACACUGAUUUUACGUGUUACAAAAUUGGAGAAAGUAUUUAAUAAAACUUGUUAAUUUUUAUACUGACAAUAAAAAUGUUUCUAUGGAUAUUAAUGUUAACAAGACAAAAUAAAUGUCACGCAGCUUAUUUUUUUAA